AUGGCGACCGCGGGGCGACGGCGCAUCGGACACGCGACGGACGUGCUGGUUGGGGCGCAGACAACAUGGUGUGCGUAUCAUAUAUUGCGCGAGCGUUUCGAUGGCGCCGACGUUGAAAGAAGACACGAGGGCCAAGCGCCUAGAGGCCCUGAAGUGAGAGGUAGGGCGCCACAGAAAGAUAGCAGGAUCAACAUAGGGAUGGUUAUGAUUAGCACGCUCGAUAAUGCAUCGCCAAGCCGUCCCGUACCGCGGGUCCGCGGAAGACAGGACCUGGAGCCCCGCACCGUGAUUGGCACAGCCAAGGGCGGGGUAGCUGCGCUGCAGCAGCAGCCACCAGCAAACGCAACGAGUUGCGCUUUGAACCCACCCCAAGCGAGCAGGGUUGCUGAUUCUAGACCUUUGUCCGCGCAAGCGACCGCCCAGGGGAUUCGUGGUGUUGAGCUGCGGCACGCCGGGACGACUUCCUUCCUUUUGCCCUGCGUCUGCGUCUACGUCGGCGUGAAUGGAGAACAUGACGUUGUGGGACCACUUGCACACGCACAUGGAGAAGGCCGAGCGGGAGGGAUCAAUGCCGUCUCCGAAAUCUUCCGUCAUGCUCGAGAGAUGGAGAAAGCUGGAGAGGCUGAUGAGAGUCAGAGAGUCAGAGAGUCAGAGCACGCCAAGUGCCGUGAUGGCGCAAAACUGUCUCCACACAUUAGCGAAUACGAAUAGCGGGGAGGUACGGACGUAGCAACGGUUCCAUCUUCACUGAUGUCUGGAUAGUGGUGAGCCGGACGAAGGUCCAAACGACGUACCGACUUGCAGACCCCACGGGCCGACCCCGCCCGGCGUGAACAUGACGUUUGUCGGCG